GCCGCACGCCCAGCGGGCCCAGAGUAACGAGUCGGGGAGGACGCGAUCUAGAGCCGCACACAGUUCGCUGCUCUCCUUCUUCCUUUCCUUUCUCGGAGGGGAGGGGCAGGGAAACGUCACGUGACUCACUCCUCCAAGCCAGAGCAGCUUCACCCCCUCCCCCCGGCGGUGGGAGGGUCACGUGGGCGGUCCUGCUGCUAGGGUAAGUCACAGUUCCCGACUGCGGGGAAGGAGAAUCUCCUCCGUAGUCGCCACCGCAGCCGUCACCACUGUGGACAGGGCGGGGGUGGGGAUUCCGGUGCUGCGGCCUCCGCCAUCACCUUCCUGCCUGCGUCUCCAGGGCUCUCGCUCUGACCGCCAUGGAGCAGGGCUGGGCCCCCAAAGCAACAGCCGCCCCCCCCACCUUGUGAGGCGUAGCCGCUGCCUUCGUUGCCUCCUCCGAGGGCCUCUGUUGCUUCCAGGGCCUCGUUUCCCGGUCACACUCGCCUCCGCCGCCGUCCCUCGUCGGCUUCUCCUGCGGCCCGCGUCUCGGGGCCGUUCCUUCGCCCUUCACCUCGGGCCCCUUGGGGCCAGGCCUAGAUGUGUGCUCGGUGAGAGGCCCAGGCCGGAUCGAAGGCCCGCGGCCCGGGACGCCGCUACUGCCACCGCCACCAGGACAUGGUUUGGGCCUAGCGGAGUCGGGACAGGAGGAGACUAACUGAAAGUAGCAGGCCUUAUAAUGUAAAGUGCUAGCAAGAAGUGGCACCUGGGAAUAUUGACAUUCUGAAUAAUACCAUUUGGAAUCUAGAACAACAGCAAAGCUGAGGUCAAACUGCCAUACAGGAUGGACAUCAAGGAAGCUGUGUUGGGAACAAAAAGAAAUCAAAAUAAGAAUAUUAUGUUUUUGUUCAUAGCAACAUGAACCGUGAAGACCGGAAUGUGCUUCGUAUGAAAGAAAGGGAAAGGCGAAAUCAGGAAAUUCAUCAGGGUGAAGAAGCCUUCCCACCUAACUCUCCUCUCUUUGCUGAACCAUACAAAGUUACUAGCAAAGAAGACAAAUUAUCUAGUCGUAUUCAGAGCAUGCUUGGGAACUACGAUGACUCCUACGAAAUGAAGGAUUUUAUAGGAGACAGAUCUCUACAAAAGCUUGUUGCAAUUCCAAAACCUACCAUACCAUCAACAGCAGAUGAAAAACCAAACCCAAAUUUCUUUAGUGAACACAGACAUGGUAGCUCUCAUCAGAGCAGCAAAUGGACUCCUGUAGGACCAGCACCUAGCACUUCUUCCCAGUCACAGAAACGGUCUUCAGGUUUACAGAGUGGACACACUAGCCAACGGACCAGUGGAAGUGGUAGUAACAGCACUAGUAGUGUUGGUCAGAGGCAUGACCGUGAAUCAUACAGUAGUGGUGGCAGCGGCAGUAGUAGCCGUAAAAAAAGCCAGCACGGAUCAGAACACUCCAAGUCCCGUUCUUCCAGUCCUGGAAAACCAGCUGCUGUUUCUUCAUUAAGCUCUAGUCAUUCCAGAGCUCAUGGGAAUGAUCACCAUAGCAAGGAGCAACGUACUAAGUCACCACGGGACCCUGAUGCAAAUUGGGACUCACCUUCUCGUGUUCCUUCAUUUUCAAGUGGGCAGCACUCUAGCCAGUCUUUCCCACCUUCAUUGAUGUCAAAGUCAAACUCGAUGUUACAGAAACCUACUGCCUAUGUAAGGCCCAUGGAUGGACAGGAGUCCAUGGAACCAAAGCUAACCUCUGAGCACUACAGCAGCCAAUCCCAUAGCAACAACAUGAGUGAACUGAAGCCUAGUAGCAAAGCACAUCUAACCAAACUGAAAAUACCUUCCCAACCAUUAGAUGCGUCUGCAUCAGGUGAUGUGAGCUGUGUGGAUGAAAUCCUUAAAGAGAUGACUCACUCAUGGCCUCCCCCCUUAACUGCAAUUCACACACCAUGCAAAACAGAACCUUCUAAAUUUCCUUUUCCAACUAAAGAAUCUCAAUCAAAUUUUGGCCCUGGAGAACAAAAAAGAUACAAUCCUUCAUCUAAAACUUCAAAUGGGCAUCAGUCCAAAUCUAUGUUAAAGGAUGAUUUAAAACUUAGCAGCAGUGAAGAUAGUGAUGGAGAGCAGGAUUGUGAUAAGACUGUGCCAAGGAGUACACCAGGAAGUAAUUCUGAACCUUCACACCACAAUAGCGAAGGAGCGGAUAAUUCCAGGGAUGACUCAAGUAGCCAUAGUGGAUCUGAAAGCAGUUCUGGAUCUGACUCGGAGAGUGAAAGUAGUUCCAGUGACAGUGAGGCCAAUGAACCAUCACAGAGUGCAUCUCCUGAGCCUGAACCACCACCAACAAAUAAAUGGCAACUUGACAAUUGGCUGAAUAAAGUGAAUCCACAUAAAGUGUCACCAGCUUCUUCUGUAGAUAGCAAUAUCCCAUCUUCUCAAGGUUAUAAAAAGGAAGGUCGGGAGCAAGGACCAGGAAGUGGCUACAUUGAGCAAAAUGGACCUAAGGAGUCCAAUUCUACUCCUGGACGAGAUUCCAAAACUGUUCAAAAAGGAUCAGAGAGUGGUCGUGGGAGACAAAAGUCCCCAGCACAGAGUGAUAACACUACACAGAGAAGAACUGUAGGAAAAAAACAACCCAAAAAAACGGAGAAGGCAGGUAUAGAGGAGCCUCGAGGUGGCCUAAAAAUAGAAAGUGAAACCCCUGUGGACAUGACAACAAGUAUGCCCUCCAAUAGGCACAAGGCAGCCACAAAAGGCUCAAGAAAACCCAAUAUAAAAAAGGAACCCAAAUCUUCCCCAAGAUCAACAACAGAAAAAAAGAAGUAUAAGUCAACAAGUAAAUCUUCCCAAAAAUCUAGGGAAAUCAUAGAAACAGAUACUUCAUCCUCUGAUUCUGAUGAAAGUGAGGGCCUUUUUCCUUCUUCACAAACUCCUAAAUAUCCUGAGAGCAACAGAACUCCUGUUAAACCCUCCUCAGUAGAGGAGGAAGAUAGCUUUUUUCGGCAAAGAAUGUUCUCUCCUAUGGAAGAGAAGGAACUCCUUUCUCCACUUAGUGAUCCUGAUGACAGGUAUCCACUUAUUGUGAAGAUUGACCUGAGUCUCUUGUCAAGAAUACCAGGGAAGCCUUACAAAGAAAUGGAGCCACCCAAGAUAGAAAAGAAAAAUGUGCCUGAGAAGCACACAAGAGAAACUCAGAAACAAGUCUCAGAUAAAGGUUCCACCAAGGGAAAGAGGAAGCAUAAGAAUGAUGAAGAUAACCGAGCUUCUGAGAGCAAGAAACCCAAGAUUGAGGAGAAGAGUUCAUCAGGCCAUAAGACAUCCAGCAAUAGAGAGUCAUCCAAACAGAGUACUGUGAAAGAGAAGGAUCCAUUACCUUCUCCUGCUGGACCUAUUCCCAUAAAAGACUCAAAAACUGAGCAUGGAUCCAGGAAGAGAACAAUCAGCCAGUCGUCGUCUUUAAAAUCUACCAGUAGCAGCAACAAGGAGAGUAGUGGUAAAAAUAGUUCUUCUACUUCCAAACAGAAAAAGACAGAAGGGAAAGUUUUUAGUGGUACCAAGGAAGCCAAGGAAAAGGCUCCAAGUAGUUCUUCGAACUAUCCUCCAGCUACACAAAUUCCUGAUGGCUCCAAAACACGAAGAGCAAAGCUUGCUUUUGAUGACAGGAUUUACUCAGCUGACCAUUAUUUACAAGAAGCUAAAAAGCUAAAGCACAAUGCGGAUGCAUUGUCUGAUAGAUUUGAGAAAGCUGUCUAUUAUCUUGAUGCUGUGGUAUCUUUCAUUGAAUGUGGAAAUGCUUUGGAGAAAAAUGCUCAGGAAUCCAAAUCUCCAUUCCUUAUGUAUUCAGAAACUGUGGAGUUAAUUAAAUAUACUAUGAAGCUGAAGAAUUACCUGGCACCAGAUGCUACAUCUGCAGAUAAAAGGCUGGCAGUUCUUUGCCUUCGAUGCCAGUCCUUAUUGUACCUGAGGUUAUUUAAGCUGAAGAAAGAAAAUGCUUUGAAAUACUCAAAAACAUUAACUGAACAUUUAAAGAAUUCUUAUAAUAAUUCUCAGGCUCCAUCACCUGGCAUGGGAAGCAAAGCUGUUGGGAUGCCUUCCCCUGUUUCUCCAAAGCUCUCUCCUGGCAAUUCAGGAAAUUAUACUUCAGGGGCAAGCAGCACUUCAGGGAGCAGUUCUUCAGUAACUAUUCCACAGAAGAUCCACCAGAUGGCAGCCAACUAUGUUCAGGUCACAUCCAACUUCCUUUAUGCCACUGAAAUCUGGGACCAAGCUGAACAGCUUUUGAAGGAGCAAAAAGAGUUCUUUGCUGAACUGGAUAAAGUUAUGGGCCCUCUCAUCUUUAAUUCAAGCAUCAUGACAGACCUAGUUCGUUACACCCGGCAGGGACUUCACUGGCUUCGUCUGGAUGCCAAGUUAAUAUCUUGAACUGAAGGAUUCUUACCCAGAACAUAUUCUCGUUGCCUCUGAUUUUUCUCCACAACACUGUGUCAUAUCAAUAAGGAAGACUGCCAUAACACUGCUUAGUCAACACUAAGAGCAAGGAAUGCUUCUGCCUCACUGUCUCAUGUAUAUGUUGUGUUUUUGUUUUUGUUUUUGUUUUUAACCUGAAGCCAUCAUGUUAAUGGACUCCUAAGGUAUUCCCUAUUUGGAAAAAGUUAUUUAAGUAUUUUUACAUCUGCAGCAUAUUAAUAAGAUGCAGUUUUAACUGAUCUGAAAUAAGAUUGGAAUUCUAGUUGUUAUGCAUAAGUAAUCAAUUUAAAUCAUAUUUAUUUUAAUUUUUAACUAUCCAGUUUGGUGGGACUAUUUUAAUAAUUAUUUCUACCUAUAAAUUUAUCCUACCAAAUGCUUAGCAGAAAUUUCAUGCAGACACUUUUAUUUAUAUACUUUAAGCUUUUUGUUCUCAGUAAUGUCUCCAUGUGGUGGAGCUUAUAAAAGGAUCAUUAUAUUCUCAAAUGUAGAGACAUGUAUUUAACAUGUUUGCUGCCUCCUAUUCAAAUCUUAAAUGACAACUACAGUUUUAGUAUUGCAGAAUUUGUACUUAAUGUUAAGGUAAAGGACCCAGAAAGAUUCUUUACCAGGUGAAAAGAAAUUUAAAUAUUAGAAUAUAGCAUUCUAGAUUGGGGGGAAAAUCAUGUUCGAUUCAAGAUGCGUUAUUUCAAGAAUCAUGAUCACAAUAACUAUAGCAGUCUCGCGGUGUUACAGUUACUUACAUUUAAUGAGUUAUAAAAGAGAUCAGGUAAGAACAUGAACUCUGGGAGAUGUGCAUCAUACAGAAAGUUUUGGUUUUUUUUUUAUAAAAGGACAAUCUUGAACCUUUUUAGUUUUGUUGAAACUUUAUCCUCUUUGUUUUUGCCAGUUGAUACUGGUUUGAAACAGUAUGAUUUACCAUUGGAAAAAUGGGUUAAAGAACUUCCUUCUCUUUCUUCCAAUGAGUGAGAAAUUAGAAGUUUUGUUCAAACAUUCACAUCUAUCUUCACAAUUCUUUUUUAAAAAAUUUUGUCAAUUCAUGAUAUUCUGAUAUGUAUGUGCAAUGACUGCUGUGGGAAUGGGUUGGAGUUUGGGUGUGUCCUAUUUUACCAUACAACUUGGAGCAAAGUUGUAAAACCGUUCUGAUCUGGAGACAUAGAACUUGUUUUAAUCAUGUAUUUACCCCAUUGUAUUAUGAAGGCCCCCAAUGAGUAAUGAUUCUUUCUGUUGGGAGCAGAAUAUUCACUUUAGAAAAGUAUCUUACUGAUGUAAAAGGAGAGCCCUCCAUGGGUUUGAAGUGGCUGCUUUUGUAAAAGUUGUGCACCAAAGUACCUUUCCAUACAAGGUGCUUGUUGGAAUACAAGGUGAGAACUGUACUGUUUGUACUUUGCUUAGUGCCCCUAUCAUGUCUGGUGUGCCUUAAAUCUUACAUUUAGAUGAAGACUUGAUGGACUGUUUACAGACGAAGCAUCACAGGAGGACCAGGUCUACUGUGUACAGCUGGUUUUGUGCAGUAGUUAGGUAAAAUUUCCUUUCCUUUAAAUGUUUCUUUAGGACUAACCAUGUAAAAAUAAUUGCUUUUAUAAAUGGUAACCCUUUAGUAUAGUGACUUAUUCUAAAUCUGGUGAGUCUGGAUCGUAUAAAGCUGCUGAAUUAAGCAGAUUUCAUCCCAUACCAGAAAUGAACAUACGCUUUCAGGAAAAAGAAAAAAAAAAGAUUGCACUCAAUUUCUGGAUCAUCAUCACGUGCCAAAAGGAUGGCAAGUGCAAAAAAAAAAAAGGAAUUGAAUGUUGAGUUGUAAACUUUGUACAACAUCAAGUAAUGCAGUUUAUCCUCUGGGUUUGGUCUUUUAAACUCACAUAUUUAACAAAUUAGUAAGCUUUUAUUGUAUUAAUAUAGUUGCAUAUUUGUAGGGCUUCCUUGAUUAUUUUGUACUUCCAAAAAAGAUGGUUUUCUACUGUCCGAGAAGGAAAAGUUAGCAGACCUAUACUGAAUUGUAAACUUUCCUCUGAUGUAGACUUCUGUCGGUUUAGCACCCUUCUGAAUUUAAUCCGUGUUGAGUGAAUCAGUGUGUCCGAGUGUGUGUGAGUAAUAGAGAGAGAAAGAAAGGGGAGAGAGACACUGAUGAACUGACUGUUAGGGACUGUAUUCAAAGAAUAACCUCCUUAUAGACUCUUUAAUGAUUUUUUAGUAAGAAGUUUUUCAACUGGUAUCAAAGCAGAGGUUUAGUCUUGUCUCUUUAAGUUCCAGUGUCUUAGGGGAACUAUAAGGCCCAGUGUAUUUUAUAUACCCUGUUUGGCCUGAAUAGUCAGCAGAAACGUACAUAUGUGUGUGUGUGUGUGAGAGAGAGAGAGAGAGAGAGAAUGGAAAUUCUCGUGUAUGGUGAAUGGUGCUUCACUAUAAUAUUCUCCUUAAAAUUGUAUUCAUACUGAGAUGAUAAAUUUCUUUUCAAUUAAAGAAUGUUUCCUUACAGUUAAUAAUGGGCAAUAGUUUAAAUUUUUGGCCUGAGUAAUUGUAUUUCAAAUGCCAGGAUUUCUGGCAGAAAGCCCAGUAACAUGGCCUCCCUGACUCUGUGUCUGCAGUCAUCUAGAUAUUUGGCUAUGUUGUAGGUGAGCAUUCCACCUUAAAUUUCUUGUGACUUUUUUGUUUAACUUUUAAAACUGAAUAUAACUAAUGACAAAAAGCUGAUCUAACCUAUAAUAUAUAGAUCAUCUCAGAAAUACACCUUUUAACAGAUCACGCAGUUCAUUGAAGAGUAAUUUUUCUGCCUGCUGUCAUAUAUACGUGAUACGUGACUUAGCUAACAUUUUACCCUUUAUAUUCAACCAAAGUAUGGAACAUUGUUAUGUCCAACAAUGCUUUUCAUCCUGGGAACCUCAACAUAGCCUGGCUGAGCUAGGCCAUAGGGACCCCAACCUCAUGAGAUGGAACUUUUCUUCACAGCCACUGCCUUCACUUGUCAAGAUCUUUUUUUCUUCCAUUCCCUUCAAUCCUGCUUCAAGAAGCAGGCCUGUGGCUUCUGCCUAGCAAGGUGACUUAUUCAUGAUUGUUGUUGGCAGCACUAGUACUCCCUCCUUUAAAGCAAACCUUAAAGAAGGCAAUCUUUUUAGGAGUUUUAUGCUGUGACACAGGAUGAGAUUUGUGCUCAUAUCUGCCAAAGAAGGUGUUUGAAAAACUCUGGCCUCAGCUGACAAUGCAAACCAGUCUCAAAUAAUGAACAUUUGGGGAAAAGGCCACUCCUUAUGUAUCAAGAGGGUUCCUAUUAUUGUGGAUCGAUAUAUAUCAGUGUUGCACUUUGAACCGCUUGUAGUUUGACUAAAUCCUUUUCCCUCCACAUCCAUUUCUUCUUUUAAUUAAACACAAUAAUCAGACCAGGCUGGCUCAGACAGCAUAAUUUUAUAUUGGCUGAUUGCAAGUUUAUAAUAUUAUGGAAUUUAUUUGAUUUAUAACAGCUGGGUUUUCUCCUUGUGAAGCAAGAUUACAGAAAACAAACUCUUUAAAGCUCAAGGCUUUGGCAUUCAUGUCUAGUGAAUUAAGAAUAAAUAAUAAUCCAUGUGAAUCCAGUGUAGCCCUAGUCAUUUUGGUUGAAGAUUAUUUAGCCAUAAAAGGAGUACAUUCUGCACUCUUCUUGGUGUGAUAGUGAGCAGUUUGACUUUAGAAUUAUGUACACAUACUCACUUUAUAUAUAAUGUAUUUUUUAAAAACCAUGAAAUCAGUUUGUCUAAGGUAUAUAUGUGUAGUAUUUUAGCUUAGUGCACCCGUUUCCACAUUAUUUAUUAAAUUGAUCUAAGUCACUUUCUCAGUGACAUUUCUGUCACUCAUUCAGUGACAUUUGUUGCAUAGUAAUGUAUAAGAGUGCAAUGUGUAUUCCUUUAGAUUAAGAGUUUAUUUGCAGUAAGCUCAUUCUAAAAUGUAUUUGUGCCCUUUAUUAAUAUGUCAGGGCUUUGUGGGGUGGGUGGGGUGGGAUCGGGUGGAGAGGAGUCUUAAUUUUCCAGUUGCUAUUUGGAUAAAAAUGGCCUCAUUGUGUGUUUUAUUUAUAUAAUAUUUUGCUUUGUCACAGGUGCACUUAGUGAGAUUUUUGUAUGAAGUAGGUUAUGUUAAGCCUGAGCAAGUCCAAGUUUUGAAUGAACUCUCCCCACUGGGGAAUAACCAUUGUACAACCUUAUAGAGUCUAUGACUAGAAUUCCUCAAUUAUUUGAAACACAGAUUUCAUUAUCUUUAGCUUUAGUAUGAAAUAUGGUGGAGAAGUGGGUCUCCCCCCUAUAAUAGGUAAUAUGCACCCAGACUUAAUUCUGCAUUAAAGUAAAUGAUAUGUGAGUUAAUUCUCCCAGAUGACAUGAGAAUAAAUUAUUGUCCACAGUUUACAUAAAUUUGCAAGGAUUUGGGGAUUUCUAAAAGUGCUUUGCCUCUUUUACUCAGCUAACGGAAAGCCUUUUAGCUCUCUUGAGACCAGAGCUAAGCAGUUAGUGGCAAGAGCAGAAAUCACCUGUCAAAAAAUUGUUGUAAGGCUGAUUUUAAAGGUGAAGUCCUAUUUUUCUAAGCUCCAUCAAAUCUCUAGACCAACAGUUCGGUUGAAGAAAUUUGAUGCUUCCACGUCAAGUUGGAGGUCAGGACUAGAUGUAAACAACAUAAACUUUGCCCUAUGUAAGCCUUGAAGUUGCAGACUGGUUAUCAGGCUUUUAAAUAGCCUUUGGAGGAUAGGCCCAUUAAUCUUCCCUAUGCCAUUAUUCAGCAUAUAUUAAAUUGAGCAAGAAAAGGCUGCCCAGAAAUGUGGUUUAAUUCUAUUUAUUCACCUUGGAAAUUCUCUACCUGUUAAUCAGGAAAAGUGAAAUGCUGCCUUUCAAGUUUAUGCCAUGAGGGCCCAUAUUUAUUCCACUAGCUGGUGAUACAGACUUUCAAAGUGUCCCUGUUUUUGUGACUUUAUGCAUACCCCUAGCAAAUAAGUUGAGCAUUCAUCAGUAUGGUAGCACUCACUAAUUGAGUUGACUGCAUUUAUCUGAAUGCCUAAAAGUUCACCUUUUAAGACCAGACAUGGUGUUUGCAAGCACAGCUCCUAUAAUUUGUAUCUGGUCUCCCUUUUGAAUGAUUUUAAACGGUUUUGUAUAUGGAGGAUGAAGUGCUUUAUAUAUUUAUUGAAAAUCCUUUAUCUUAUUUGAAAUUAUAAUUAUUUGGUAAAUAAGGGUUUAGGGUUUUUUUUGUUGUUUUGUUUUUGUUUGUUUUGUUUUGGGGGAUUUGUCGAAGGGAAGCUGGGGAAGGUAGCUAACUCCUAAGCCCUGGUUGAUCCUAAAGAAAAGAUACUGUUAGUGACUGACAGGAUGUCUUUAUUUCUACAUGACUCAAGUCCCUGUUUUACAUUUGUUUUACCCAAAUUAUUUAGGCAUCUGGUAUUUUCAACCAAAACUUAAACUAUAUACUGUGAGUUUUAUUUGUUGCAAUACACUUAAAUUUCAAGGGAUAGUUUGGGGCUCAGAAGUUAGGAUUUUAAAGUCAAUAUGUGCAUUUCACGUAACAAAGCUGUUAAUGGUGAGCAAAGUAUUAUAUACUAACUAGAUUUUUCCACAUCUGUAUAGUAUAUUCUAUGUAUUUUGUGGUAUUGAGAUUAUAGAAAGUUUAGAGUGUCUGAAACAUGCAUUUAAUGUGUAUUUUUAAACAAAUUUAUGGCGAUUAAAAUAUUUGGAGAAAAGGGUAUCACAUUUCAAUUUGUAAAGAUCUUUUUAACUACUGUGUCAUUAAAUGCUUUGUAUAAUGCAAAACCAUAACUGGAAAAACUUAAGUUUAAUAAAUAUCAAAUAGAUUUUUCUGUAUUAAACUUUAUAAAUGCUA